CAAUUCUAGACAAUUGCCUUUCUUCCACAGCUGCUCCGGCGUCACCGAGGAACUAUCAUCAGCACUUGGAAGCCAAUAGUAUUCUCGUACGUGUCCAUUGUUUGUCUCUCCAUUUUUCAGCGCUCCAUUUCCCCUGUUUCAACAACCUUCACCGCACACCCUAACAUCUCCCUCCAUCUCGGCCGCCGGCCACAGCCUAACCGGAAACAGGUGAAACAUCGAAUGUCGUCGUGACUCGGGCGGUCCAGCUUGGCCGAGUCGAAUCCGAGUUCACACUGAUUCCAUUUCCUCCUCUUCGUUCUCCCUCCGCAUCUUUGAAGUUAAAAAGUGAUGGUCAGAGGGAGCUCGGCGGUUAACCGUCGCGCGGUACACAAGUUGCGGCAACUAGGGAUCUCGACGGUUGGAUCGGUGAAGAUCAAGAUCCUGCUCUGCUGUUGUAUCACUUUAACUCUGUUGGUGCUCGCCGGCCCCGCUUCCUCGUUUAUGGGAUGGACCAACCACGGUAACUCCUCCGAUCGCCUCUCUUCGCUACGGGGACGAUAUGCGAUUGUAAUGAACACAUGGAAGAGAUAUGAUCUAUUGAAGCAGUCCAUUUCUCACUAUGUUUCAUGUCCCAGGCUUGAUUCCAUACAUAUUGUGUGGAGUGAGCCGGAGCUCCCUUCGAAAUCUCUUAAGAGCUUUUUGAACCAUAUUGUACAGUCAAAUUCUGGUAAUGGGCAUCAAGUUGAAUUGAAAUUUGACAUCAAUAUGGAAGACAGUUUGAACAACAGAUUUAAAGAGAUCAAGGAUUUGAAGACAGAUGCAGUUUUUUCAAUCGAUGAUGAUGUUAUAUUUCCUUGCUCUUCAGUGGAACUUGCUUUCAGUGUUUGGCAAAGUGCCCCUGAUACAAUGGUGGGUUUUGUACCUCGCAUGCAUUGGGUUGAUGAAUCGAAAGGUAAGGAUCACUAUAUAUAUGGUGGAUGGUGGUCUGUGUGGUGGACAGGUACAUACAGCAUGGUACUCUCUAAGGCUGCCUUUUUCCACAAGAAGUAUUUGAACCUUUACACGAAUGAGAUGCCUGCAUCAAUUAGAGAAUACAUAACCUCGAACAGGAACUGUGAGGACAUUGCUAUGUCAUUUCUUAUUGCAAAUGCAACAGGUGCUCCCCCCAUAUGGGUGAAAGGUAAGAUAUUUGAGAUUGGUUCUACCGGAAUCAGUAGCUUGGGAAGUCAUAGUGAAAGAAGAACUCAGUGCAUUAACAGAUUUGUUACUGAGUUUGGACGAGUGCCAUUGGUACCUACAUCAGUGAAGGCCGUAGACAGUCGCAGUGUUUGGUUUUGGUGAUGCUGGCAUUUACACUUAAAAGGGAUUUUAUUCCAGAAUUUCCACUCUAUUGGUUCCAUAGGUUGAACACACCAUUUUUUCAUUCCUUUUUAGUUGUUCCCUUGUAUAAUAUUCUGAAAAUUUUCCAGACUCAUGGCUCAGAGUAUAGAAGCUAAUGUAGCCUUGUAUUCUUACCAUGUAGCAACAGGGCAGUUCUAUUCCAGAUUACCAUUUGCUUGAGAUAAGACAGGAGAUUCCUACAGAAGGUU